AUGAAGACCAUCGCUGCCUUUGCCGCCCUCGCCCUUGCCCCCGUCGCCGUGGAAGGCCACGGUCGCUUGGUGACCCCUCCCCACCGCGGCUACAUUGGGAAGCUUCCCAAGUAUGCCCCAUUUGUCCCCCCCAACUGGAGCGACAACAGCCUCAAUGCUGGUGGGGUGGGCGCCACCAAGGACGGCCAAUAUGGCAUUUGCGGGGACCCGUUCACCCAAGCUUCACCCCGCGCCCACGAAACCGGCGGCACUUACGGUCGGUUUCCCCAGUACGGCGCGAACGUGACGGGGGCGUGCUACGCGCCCGGGGCCGCCAUGAAUCUCAAGGUCCAGCUCACUGCCAACCACAAGGGCUUCUUUGAGAUCGGCCUUUGCAAGCUCAAUGACCCCAAAGAUGUCGAAACCGAAGCAUGCUUUCAACCGUUGGUGCAGCCGAGCGGAGCCGCCAAGUACAAUGUCACCCCCGGCGACUUCUUCGACUUGACGUACGUCCUACCUCCCGGCGUGACCUGCGAAGGCGAGUCGCAUUGUGUGCUGCGCUGGCACUACACCGGCUGGAACAACUGGGGCGCUAGCACGUGGGGCCAAGAACAUUUCUGGAACUGCGCCGACAUCUUUAUCAGCAGCAAGUGCCCAGCCGCGUAA